AACGAUGAUGCAGCAAUAUAAUAAUAACAAACAGUGCGAUAAACGCGUGUGAUAGUGAAUGAGCGAAAGAUAGAGAGAGAAAAGGAGAGUGAGAGACGGCGAGUAAACGAACCGACAAAGCAAAACGAAAUGCCGCAACAAGUGGAAAUGAAAAGCAGUAAACGCAACAGCAGCGAAAUCAGCGACAACAACAACAAGCAGCACAUUUCCAAUCAGAACGAGGCGACAUACACGCAGCUGCGCAGCAAGCGCAGUCGCCAACAGCAGCAGCAUAUCUAUGAGAAUCUGCCAGUGUCGGCAACGUCGCAGCAGCUGCGCAAAUACUUUCGCCGCGAGGUGAUCUACGAAAAUCUUUGUCGCGGCUGCGGCUAUGGCGUCUUUGCAGCCCAAGGUCGCUACUGUCACUUCUGCCAGUGCAUUGUCAGCGGCAGCGUCGUCGCAGCGCUGCAACAGCAGCCGCAGCCGCAGCCAACGUCGCCAACCAACAGUAGCGAGUGCAAUAUAUAUGAGAACAUUUGCGAGCUCUGCCGCGGCAUCUACAGCGACAGCGAACAAUGUGAGUGUGCAACAAGUGCCACGCCCACAUCAGCUCUAAUUAACGAGACGCCCCAGUUGCCAACGUCAACGCCACCACCGCUGCUUUCGCUGCCGCCGCAAGCCUCUGCCUCGGCCGCUGCCUCUGGCAAGGCUGGCAAAUCGCGGACUUUGCUAAACUACUCGAAGUCGAGCGCAGCGACGCUGACGCGUCUCUUUGGCUCGCUGAAGCAAUUGAAUCGCUCCGGCUCGCUGCAGCGUCGCCUGUUCCAAAGGGAGGGCGGCGCUGCCAAGGCCGGCGUCGGCAGCGGCGGCUCCCUGGAGAUCAUUCACAAUGUGGACGAGGUUUUUCGCACGCAGGAAACGUUCGAUAUGCAGCGCAUCUGCGAGCUGAAGCGUCAGCUGCAGUGCAGUCGCAGCGAUCAGCAUAUCUACGGCAGGCUGCGGGCCGAACGAGAGCCGGAGCCAGAGACUCCGCCGAAGCCGGAACCACAGCCGCAGCCAGAGGAGGAGAGUGUAACGGAUCUGGCACGCAAAAAGCCGCGCAUUUCGCGCAUGCGCCUGCUCCGUCAAGAUGAACAGCAGCCGAGCUGCCAGGCAGCAGCGUCGACGCCAGCAGCGGCGUCAACGUCGGCGCUCUAUUUGAAUGAAAGCAUUUGCCAGUGGAUGAACGCGCUGCGGCGCGAGCUGCACAGCUACGAGGAUGCCAACGGAGGCGUCGGCUGUCAGCAGCCGAAGAGCGUGCCGCCGGCCUACGAGCGAGAGCGGGAACGGGAGCAAGAGGCAGAUUCGGUCAUGCUGCGACGCAACGAGGCAGCAGCGGAGGCAGCAGCAUUAGCAGCAGAGCCAGCGCUGCAGCAGCGUUUGGUUAACGAUUUUAAGCGCAAGCUGCUGGCCAAGCGCGAACAGCAGCCGCAUUUCCAAUUAGACGACCAAUUGGAAGCCCAAUUGGCGCCGCAAUGCAAAGCGCUGCUUAACGAUCAACGUCGACGUCGCUGCGGCAUCAAUGAGCGACACGACGCGGCCUUUGUUUGCGAAUUUCUCAGCGGUUUGGCGGUCAGUGAGAAUGCAACGCCAGCCGAAACGUUUGAAUUAACAGUUACGCCUGCGCCGACGCAGGCAGCAACGGCCACAACAACAGCAGCGGCAGCGCUGCUCGCUGGGCGUCUUUCGCUGCCUCAGCUGUGGCAGAGCGCUGCGCUUGCGGCCAGUCUGCACGGCAGCGUCAUUUGCUUCUUUGGCUAUGACAAACUACUAAGCGCCUUUUUGCAUAGCAGCCAGCGUCGACAGCGACUGCGCAGCGUCGGCAUUGAGCGCUGGCUGCGACGCUAUCGACGGCUCUGCGAGAGCGACAGCAGCAGCAGCAGCGCUGAGCGUGAGUCAGCGUUGCGGCAACGGCAACGGCGACGCCUAUUGGGGCCGCCGUCAUUGGAGCUGCCAGUUGUGCCAGCGACGCCAGCGAGUGACGACGUAGCGGUCGCAUGGCGUGUCGGCAGCGUUAGCGAUACAAUUGAGCAGAGCAAGAGCGAGAGCGAGAUCGUGAACGUGAGCGCGUGCGUGCGUGAGAACGAGAGCGAGACACAAACGCGAUCGGUGUGUGGCACCAGCAGUAGCAGCAGCAGCGGCGUCGUUGUCGGCAGCGUUAGUAGCAGCGCGCUGAUGGCGGCACCCAAGCAAAGCGGCGACGCUGAGCGCUCCAGCUGCGACGACAGUGAAAACAAUACCAAUUGUAACAACAACAACAAUAACAAGGAGCAUGACAAUGUCAGUCAGCAACAACAACAACUGCAACAAACAAUAACACAGAAUUGUGUGAUAAAAGUGCGACGUCCCGCCCCUCAGGUGCCGGUGCGUAAUCCCAGCACGUCGCUUACGAAGCCACGAAAUGAGAUUGACAAUGAGAAUGGCAACAAUUACAACAACAACAACAACAACAACAACAACAACAACAUCAACCACGAUGCGCUGGAAGAGUCAGCUGGGGAGAAGAAAGAGGAUGAGCAAGAGCAUGAACAAGAGGUGACGGUGGAGGAGGAUGAGGAGGAGGAGGAGGAGUCCAUUUAUCAGACCAUAUGGCAAUUUAAAACUCUGGAGCCAGUGCCAGACGCCAAUGAUGAAGACUUUGAGAUCAUCGCAGCGCCCGAUGCGGGCAGCGAUGAUGACGCAGACGUCGACGACGACAUCGAAACGUUAACUCUGCAAGCAGCCGCAGCAUUUGCUGCCGGCGCACGUCACAAGCUGACUAAGCAGGCGACGCCAACAGCGUCGCCAACAGCGUCGCCGCUGCCGUCGCCAACGGCGUCCAUGGAUCAGGGCGCCUGGGAGACGGACGAUGAGUUCAUGUUUGCUAAGGCGGACGAACAGCAGCAGCGGCAGCAGCAGCGGGAGCAGCGCGCAGAGACGCUUAGCGUGGGCAGCACAGUGACCAAUAGUACGGCAACGCUUGGCUCCAUAAGCAGCGCCGGCAGCAGCAGCAUUGACAGCGGCAGAGAGCUGAAUGUUGCGACGUCGACGUCUACGCUGACGCAUCCGCUGCUGCGCAACAUUUGCAUCUUCUACAGUCUCAAGGAGCCGCAGAAAUAUAGCGCCAUCUUUUACGACUAUCAGCGCUCGCAGAUACACCAGCGCUUCAUGACGCGCAUACGACGCCCGGCGCCGCCGCCGCCAAUAGCGUCAGCGUCAGCGUCAGCGUUAACAGCGACUGCAACUGCGACUUCAGCUGUAUUGGCAGCUUUGUCGCCCAGCAAUGAUGACAGCGGCUGCAGCUGCGAGGCUGAAAGCGAGGAUCUGCCGGAUCGUAUACCGCAUCCAUUGAAAGAAGAUUGGGCUCUGGCCGUUCUCGCAGCGGCAGCGAGCAGCAAACGCGGCGUCGCUGCACGCGCCGGCCGCAAGCUGCGCGUACGUUCCAGCGCCCGCCUGCUCGUAUCCACCUCGGUGCUGGCGUGGCGUGAGCAGCUCCAAGAUGUCAACUGUUGUGAGGAUGAGGAAGAUAUGAUUGUGCCAGUGACUGAUAUUCUGCGUGCCCAGCAAAUCCAGGAGGACAGCGAGGUGCAGCAGUCCCAGCAGACGACCAUAUUGCAGCGCUUCAAGAGCGCCUCCAUUGGCAAUCUUGUCGAUCUGCCCGGCGAGGAUGACAAGAAGUCCAUCAAGAAUCGCAUGCGCAUGAAAUUUGCAGUCAACAGCAAUGUGUUCCGACUCAAUCGAUCGCCGAAGAGCGAAAAGAAGUCGCGCACACGUCGCAGCCAAGUGAAUAGCCUCUGUUUGGACGAACAGUCCAAGUAUCCGCUGUUUGGGGCCCGUCUGAAUGCCCUGGAGCUGAACAUGUCCGAUCAUCCGUAUGUGCCGCGCUUCGUUGUCGACGUUUGCGCCCACAUCGAGCGUGCCGAUUGCAUUGAACAGGAUGGCAUCUAUCGCGCCAGCGGCAACAAGCUGCUCGUCGAUGAGCUCAAACGCAAGCUGACCCACCUCUACGAUCCACGCUGCCUGCAGACUGAUGACAUACACACGCUAACCAGCCUCCAUAAGCAGUUCUUUCGCGAGCUGCCCGCCCCGCUGAUCACACAGGAGGCCUACGAGCGACUGGGACGGUGUCUCACCGAUGAUGCCGCCAUCGAGCGGAUGCGUUUGGCCUUCGAUGAGAUGCCCGAACCGAAUCGUUCUACGCUACGGUUCCUCAUCAAGCAUUUAACCAACGUUGCAGCGUCGAGCAGCUCGAACCGGAUGCCUGCCUCCAACCUGGCCAUUGUCUGGGGACCCUGCUUGCUGGCUGCGAACGAUAUCAAUUUCGAUAUCGGGCGAAUGAAUAUGCUAGCCAAGGUGCUAAUUGAGAACUAUGAGCGUAUAUUUCGUCCUGCUAAUGAGCGACUUGUCUGUUAAAUAUAAAUAUAUAUAUAUAUAUAAAUUUAUAUAUA